AUGUCGGCGAAGCCCACGACCAAGAAGUUCGGGAAGUCGACCCGGGAGGUUCCCGCUCCCUCGGCCAAGGCCCAGAAGUGGUAUCCUGCCGAUGAUGAGAACGAGGCCAAGCAGGUCCGCAAGGCAGUCCGUUCUUGGGCUCCCCGCAAGUCCCUCCAGCCCGGUACCGUCCUGAUUCUCCUCGCCGGUCGUUUCCGCGGCAAGCGCGUCAUCCUUCUGAAGGCCCUCGACCAGGGUGUCCUUCUUGUUACUGGCCCCUUCAAGAUCAACGGUGUUCCUCUGCGACGAGUCAACUCCCGAUACGUCAUCGCCACCUCCCAGAAGGUCGAUGUCUCCGGCCUUGACGCCAAGAAGGUUGAGGAGAUUGCUCAGCCCAAGUACUUUACUGCGGAGAAGGCCAAGGAGAAGGCUAGUGAGGAGGCUUUCUUCAAGCAGGGAGAGAAGGCUCAGAAGAAGCAGAUCAACAGCAGCCGUGCUGCCGACCAGAAGGCCAUCGACAAGCCCCUGAUUGGCAACAUCAAGAAGGUCGACAUGCUCGCCAGCUACCUCGCCAGCUCCUUCAGCUUGCGAAAGGGUGACAAGCCCCACGAGAUGGCCUGGUAA